GAAACCCCCAAAAUAACCGUUGCUAGUAUUUGAAAGGAAGAGUGCAGCCGUAAUAGAUUUUUGCGCCCUUUGAAACUGUUAAUUCUGCCCUUUGUUGGAGUAAGCCGACGAAGCGCGGAAGGCAAGCGUAAAAACCUUCUCCUUCACACACACAUAUAUAUAUUUGUUUAAUUGGCUUCUCUUCUUCUUAUUUCCCUUCUUGGGUGCUUUCCCUUUCUUUAUUAUUGCUAUUCUAAAGUUUUUAAAUUCUCUUCUCCCUUUGUUUUUUUCUCUGUUUCACAGACGCGGCGAGCUCCUUGAGUGCGCUACUCGACGACACCGCAAACGGUGAGGAAGGAACCGUCUUUUCUUGUUUUGUAUUCCCGGUUGAGUGGCUUUUGAUGCGGUUUUUACUAUUUUAGGAAAAGAAAAAGAAAUAGGAACCGACACACGUUUGUUUACUUGCUCUCUCUCUUUCUCUUUCUCUCUCUUUCUCUUGCAACUAUUACUAUUAUUAUUUCUACUAUUCUUCUUGCCACAAACCGUUAAGAAACACACGCCGCGGCCAUGUGGAGGGCAUCCCGUUUCUUGUUGAGCGCGGCCACCACGACGGCUGCUGCUGCUGCGGCGGCGGCGAAUGCUGGUCAGACGAAGGUGCCGGCUGCCGCCGCCGCCGCUGCCGUUACGGUAAAGACUCCUGCCACGAUUACGGCGGCCGUCACCAAGGACGUUAGCGCCCUGCCGCACACCCGACCCAUAUAUAUGGAUAACCAAGCCACGGCCCCGCUGGACCCGCGCGUGCUGGAUGCGAUGCUGCCCUUCAUGACGGAAGACUACGGCAACCCGCACAGCCGCACCCACCAGUACGGCUGGCGCGCGGAGGAGGCGGUGGAGAAGGCCCGCAAGCAGGUGGCCGAUCUGAUUGGGGCUAGCCCGAAGGAGAUUUUCUUCACCAGCGGCGCCACCGAGUCUAACAACAUUGCCAUCAAAGGCGUAGGUAACUUCAACAAGGCCAAGAAGAACCAUAUCGUCACCCUGCAGACGGAGCACAAGUGUGUGCUGGACUCGUGCCGCUACCUGGAGAUGGAGGGCUUUGAGGUUACCUACCUCCCGGUGAUGAAAAACGGCAUCGUGGAUCUGAAGGUGCUGGCGGAGGCUCUUAAGCCCACCACCUGCCUCGUCUCGUGCAUGGCGGCGCACAACGAAAUCGGCGUGCUGCAGCCCAUCCGCGAGAUCGGCGCUCUCUGCCGCUCCAAGAAGGUCCUAUUCCACACCGACGCCGCACAGGCGCUGGGUAAGGUGAAGCUCGACGUGAACGCGGACAACAUCGACGUCAUGUCCAUGUCCUCGCACAAGAUCUACGGGCCGAAGGGCUGCGGUGCCCUCUACGUGCGCCGCCGCCCGCGCGUGCGCCUGCGCUCCCCGAUCAGUGGCGGUGGCCAGGAGCGUGGCAUCCGCAGUGGCACGGUGGCGACGCCGCUGGUGGUGGGCAUGGGGGCGGCGUGCGCCGUCGCGUUGCAGGAGAUGGACCGCGAUGCGGCGCACAGCAAGAAGCUGCAGGAGCGCCUGCUCAACGGGCUGCAGAGCCGUCUACCGCACAUCGUCGUGAACGGGGACUUGGAGCACCGCCUCCCGGGCAACCUGAACAUCAGCUUCGCCUGCGUGGAGGGCGAGAGCUUGCUGAUGGGCAUGACGAACGUCGCGGUGUCGAGCGGCAGCGCGUGCACGAGUGCGUCGCUAGAGCCGAGCUACGUGCUGCGCGCGCUUGGCGUGGAUGCCGAGAACGCGCACACGUCAAUUCGUUGUGGCAUUAGUCGCUACACCACGGAGAAGGAGAUUGAUGUGGUGAUCGAGGAGUUCGUCAAGAACGUGGAGCGUCUGCGUGAGCUGUCGCCCCUGUGGGACCUCCUGCUGGACGGCAAGUCGUUGGCCGACGUGCAGUGGCGUUGAGCGAAAGAAACGAAAGGACAACGAUGCGGAUUAACCGCACGGCCUAAAACACUCGAGGAAAGCGACUAAUAAUAAAAGAAAAUCAAAGAGAAGCGUCUGAGGCGAGGAAGGAAAUGAUUUUGCGAUGCGCAAGUCCGCGCAAAUAGAAACGGCUGCAGCUUCACGUUCACGAUUCUCUUUUUUUUCCUUCUUUUCUUCAUCGGAUGAGGUCCUGCAGGCGGGCACGGGUCUCCCCACUUACACACGCGCAACUUUUUUUUUCCUGUUUUGGCUGUUCUCUCUGACCUUAGUCGAAACGUUUGCGAAGCCGACGCGUGAACGUGUGAAGAGGAUUCUUAAUAAGGCUCUUCCUUCCGUUCCACUUCGUACUUUGUGUUUCGUUUCUCAUGCCAGCAUCAACACGCGUUCGCCGCCCUGUCUCAUUGUUUUUCUCUGUACACACUGUUCCGUUGCUUGAUAUUUGAGAUGAUCGACAUGCUUUG